GUCAGCAGAAGACAUCACCCAUCGAUCAUCAAAGCACCUGCUUGGCAAGCCAGCCGAAUCCUCCAUCCCAAUGGAGCUUCCUCAGUGGGUCUCCUUCCUCGCUGUCGUGCUCACCACGGUGAUCUUUCUCAAGGCCGUGCUCCGCCGCCGCAGCAGCCGCAAGUACAACCUCCCGCCGGGUCCCAAGGCGUGGCCGAUCAUCGGCAACCUCAACCUCAUCGGCGCGCUCCCGCACCGCUCCAUCCACGCGCUCUCCAAGCAGUACGGCCCGCUCAUGCAGCUCCAGUUCGGCUCCUUCCCCUGCGUCGUCGGCUCCUCUGUCGAGAUGGCCAAGUUCUUCCUCAAGACCCAUGACGUCGUCUUCACCGACCGCCCCAAGUUCGCCGCCGGCAAGCACACCACCUACAACUACAGCGACAUCACCUGGUCCCCCUACGGCGCCUACUGGCGCCAGGCCCGCAAGAUGUGCCUCACCGAGCUCUUCAGCGCCAGGCGCCUCCAGUCCUAUGAGUACAUCCGCAGCGAGGAGGUGCUCGCCCUCCUCCGCGACCUGCAUCGCGGCGCCACCGCUGCCGGCGCCGGCCGCACCCUGGUGAUCAAGGACUACCUGUCCACCGUGAGCCUCAACGUGAUCACGCGCAUGGUCAUGGGCAAGAAGUACCUCGAGAAGGAGGUGAGGGACGAGAGCGGCGCGAUGAUCACCACGCCCGACGAGUUCAAGUGGAUGAUCGACGAGCUCUUCCUCCUCAACGGCGUGCUCAACAUCGGCGACUCCAUCCCGUGCCUUGACUGGAUGGACCUGCAGGGGUACAUUAAGAGGAUGAAGAAGCUCAGCAAGAUGUUCGACCGCUUCCUGGAGCACGUCGUGGAGGAGCACAGCGAGCAGCGCCGCCGCGACGGCGAGAGCUUCGUGGCCAAGGACAUGGUCGACGUGCUGCUGCAGUUCGCCAGCAACCCCGACCUUGAGGUCAAGCUCAACAGGGAGGGCGUCAAAGCUUUCACUCAGGAUCUCAUUGCUGGCGGCACAGAAAGCUCAGCGGUGACGGUGGAGUGGGCUCUCUCGGAGCUCCUGAAGAAGCCCGAGGUGUUCGCCAAGGCGACAGAGGAGCUGGACCGCAUCGUCGGCCGAGGCCGUUGGGUCACUGAGAAGGACAUACCGAGCCUCCCCUACAUGGACGCCAUCGUGAAGGAGACGAUGCGGCUGCACCCGGUGGCACCGAUGCUGGUGCCCCGCCUCUCCCGCGAGGACACCUCCAUCGGUGGCUAUGACAUCCCUGCCGGCACGCGGGUGCUCGUCAGCGUGUGGACCAUCGGGCGUGACCCAGAGCUGUGGGACGCGCCGGAGGAGUUCAUGCCGGAGCGGUUCCUCGGCAGCAGGCUCGACGUCAAGGGGCAGGACUAUGAGCUGCUGCCGUUCGGGUCGGGACGCAGGAUGUGCCCCGGGUAUAGUCUGGGACUUAAAGUGAUUCAGGUGAGCUUGGCAAACCUGCUGCACGGUUUCGAGUGGAAGCUCCCACAUGGCGUGGAGCUGAACAUGGAGGAGAUCUUCGGUCUGUCUACUCCGCGCAAGUUCCCGCUUGAGGCUGUUGUAGAGCCCAAGCUCCCAGCUCACCUCUACGAAUGAACACGGUUGCAUACGUGUGACUCAAGUACUUAUUAGUUCGUUAUUACUAAUACUUUUGUUUUUGCACUUUUUGUUGUAUUAUUUCGGUCAUGUGUCAUGUUGUUCAUGUGUAGCGUAGAGUCAAGUGGAAUAAACUGAAAAUUGUAUAAACUGUAGCUCUAUAGUAGAUUGUGCUAAUUCAGGAUCAUUUUGUAUUA